UUCAAAAUAACCACUAUUCUCUCUUCUCUGUUCAAAACUUAGAACCCUUCGUUCUUCGUAUUUUCCUCUCACACUCUUCUCUUACUCUUCUUUUUUUUCUGACUACCUGGUUCCUUUCGUUACUUUUUCUCGCAGCAGGUAAGCAAGUUCACACUCCAAAUUCCAAUUCGUAACUUCAUCAGCUUCAACGCUCGACGCCUUUUCGUAAUCGAUCGCUUUUAAGCGAGAUUGUAAAAAAAACCUCCAGGCUGAUUCGAAUUGGUGGGAGAUGGAAAAUUCCGAUUCGGCGCAGUGCGUUCGAGUUGCCGUCAACAUUCGGCCUCUGAUCACAUCGGAGCUUAUGCUCGGAUGCACAGAUUGCAUCUCCCUUGUUCCCGGUGAACCACAGGUGCAAAUUGGGUCGCAUGCUUUCACUUAUGACUAUGUUUAUAGCUCGGGAUCUCCAUCGUCUACAAUAUAUGAUGAUUGUGUAGCUCCACUCGUAGAUGCACUUUUCCAUGGCUAUAAUGCAACUGUUCUUGCUUAUGGACAGACUGGAUCUGGGAAGACAUACACCAUGGGCACCAAUUACACGGGAGAGGACAAUGCCGGUGGAAUUAUACCCAAGGUGAUGGAGACAACAUUCAAGAGGGUUCAGACUAUGAAGGAAUCCUCAGAGUUUUUGAUUAGGGUAUCUUUUAUCGAGAUAUUCAAGGAAGAGGUAUUCGAUUUGCUCGAUCACAAUUCUUCCAGAGGAGAUGUGGCUCCUACUGCAAAGCCUGCUGUGCCCAGCAGAGUUCCCAUACAAAUUAGAGAAACAGUGAAUGGAGGAAUAACACUGGCUGGUGUGACUGAGGCUGAAGUUAAGACCAAAGAAGAAAUGUCAUCUUAUCUUUCUCGAGGUUCACUGUCACGUGCCACAGGGAGUACAAACAUGAACAGUCAAUCAAGUCGGUCACAUGCUAUAUUCACAAUCACUAUGGAGCAAAAGAGUGGUGAUGAUGUCUUGUGUGCAAAACUACACCUGGUAGACCUUGCUGGUUCUGAACGUGCAAAAAGAACUGGUGCAGAUGGCAUGCGUUUAAAAGAAGGCAUUCAUAUCAAUAAGGGUUUAUUAGCUCUUGGGAAUGUAAUAAGUGCACUGGGAGAUGAAAGAAAGCGAAAAGAAGGUGGCCAUGUGCCAUAUCGCGAUAGCAAAUUAACAAGGCUACUGCAGGAUUCUCUUGGAGGAAACAGCAAAACCGUUAUGAUAGCAUGUGUUAGUCCUGCUGACACCAAUGCUGAAGAGACAUUGAACACUCUGAAGUAUGCUAACCGUGCUCGCAACAUUCAGAACAAGGCAGUUAUCAAUCGUGAUCCAGUGGGAGCUCAGAUGCAGAGAAUGCGAAGUCAGAUUGAGCAAUUGCAGUCUGAGCUUCUGUUAUACAGAGGUGAUGCUGGUGGGGCAUUUGAGGAACUUCAGAUUCUUAAACAAAAAAUAUCCUUACUUGAAGCAAGCAAUGAAGAGCUACAGCAGGAGCUUCAAGAACGUCGAGUAACUUGUGAGAGUUUAUCACAACGUGCUUGUGAUGCUCAGGUUGAAAAGGAUCAACUGAUCAUGAAAAUUGAAUCAAUUCGAAAUGGUAAAUCUUGGGAUGAAAUUGACUCGAAUUCAAAUCAGGAUUAUGACCUAGUGAAAUCUUAUGUGUCAAAGAUCCAAGAUCUGGAAGGUGAAUUGCGGGGUUUGAAAAAUUUGAAUGCGAAAUCUAGACAUGUUGACUGGGUUGAUUCAGAUGAUAGUGGAUUCCGGUCAAAGAAUGUGUUAUUUGCAUGUGCUAAUGAAUACUCUUCUGAUUGUGACGCCAAAUCAGUGGACAUAACAGAUGACAUGGAAGAUCAUGCAAAGGAGAUAGAACACUCUUCUCUUCAAGAAAAGUUGGACAGGGAGCUCAAAGAAUUGGAUAAGAAACUUGAACAAAAGGAGGCUGAAAUGAAGAUGUUCAACAAUUCUGAUACUUCAGUUCUUAAGCAUCAUUAUGAAAAGAAAGUUCUUGAGUUAGAACAAGAGAAGAAAUUUUUGCAGAAAGAAAUUGAGGAACUUAAGUACAAUCUUGCAAAUAUUUCAUCCUCUUCUGGUGACGGUGCUCAAAAGUUAAAGGAGGAAUAUCUUCAAAAGUUAAAUGCUCUUGAAGCACAGGUCUCUGUGCUGAAGAAGAAACAAGAAUCUCAGGCUCAACUGUUGAGACAAAAACAGAAAAGUGAUGAGGCUGCAAAACGACUUCAGGAUGAGAUCCAGAGAAUUAAAUCUCAUAAGGUUCAAUUGCAACAUAAAAUUAAACAGGAAUCAGAACAAUUCAGGUUAUGGAAAGCUUCACGCGAGAAAGAAGUUCUCCAGCUUAAAAAAGAAGGAAGGAGGAAUGAAUAUGAGAUGCAUAAACUGUUAGCGUUGAAUCAGAGGCAAAAGAUGGUAUUGCAAAGGAAGACAGAAGAAGCUACCUUGGCUACAAAAAGGCUGAAAGAGCUUUUGGAAUCUAGAAAGACUUCACGUGAAAGUGCUGCAGGUGGGAAUGGUCCAGGAAUUCAGGCUUUGAUGCAGGCAAUUGAGCAUGAACUUGAGGUCACUGUCCGAGUGCAUGAAGUACGUUCAGCACAUGAGCGUCAAAUGGAAGAGAGGGCUAAAAUGGCCAAUGAGAUCGCAAGAUUAAAGGAAGAAGCAGAUAUGAUGAAGCUUAACAAUUCAAGUGAUGGCCUCGCAUCUAUGUCUCCGGGUGCAAGAAAUUCAAGGAUAUAUGCCCUUGAAAAAAUGAUUGCUACUUCUUCUACAACAUUGCUGUCAAUGGCAUCUCAGUUGUCAGAGGCAGAAGAGCGGGAACGGAUUUUCAGUGGCAAGGGACGUUGGAACCAAGUCCGUUCCCUUCCUGAAGCCAAGAAUUUGAUGAAUCAUUUGUUCAAUCUGGCAUCUUCCUCCAGGUGUUUAUUGCGAGAUAAAGAAGUUACCUGCAGAGAGAAGGGCAUGGAAAUAAGAGAUCUAAAAGAAAAAGUAGUAAGGUUGAGCUGUUCACUUCGACAGUUGGAAAUGCAGAAGUCUGAACUUAUUCAUCAGUUGAAAUUGCUGAGUGCAAAGAGAUAUUCAGAAUCUUUGGGUGGUUUGGUGUAUCCCGACAUAAAUGGAGGACAUAAGUAUGACUUGCGCAAGAUGGAAAAUCGGCGAUCUACAAUUUUACUGGAGGAUAUGGAUUUAUCUGUAUCCGAUACAGAAUCAGAUGAUUAUGUUGCAGAUGCAACUGAUGAUGAAUGGGUCGCUUCAGAAAAAAUACACGUUAGGAAAAGGAAAUCUAGAAGCAGACAUGUAAGCAUGGAAAACAAUCAGUCAAAUAUCAGUUCAGAAGAUGUAAAAGAUAAUUCAACAGAAGGAGUUGGAGGUGCAUCUGGGGAAACUGUAUCGGAUAUCUGCUGCUCUUGUAGUAAAUCUUCAUCUUGCAAGACAAAUAAAUGCAAAUGCAGAACUCUGGGUGGCAUUUGUGGGAGUUCUUGUGGUUGCCUAGCAUCGAAGUGUGCCAACAGAGCAUCAGGCUCAAAUGAAUCACCAGUUGAAGGGACUGGUAAUGAUUCCAGCAUUCAGGAAGCAGACAAAGAUCACCUUCUUGCUGCUCAAGGUGCUGAGUUGCUUCAGGGUGCACUGAUUGGGGGGCCUGCUGAGGCCCACAGUGAUCAUGGGCCAAGAAAACCACUUUCUGAUAUUGGAAAUACACUGGCCAAAUCAAAUGCCCAGAAGCCUAAUCAGAGAAGGGAAUGGAAGAACAUCAAACGGAAGUCCACAUUGUCUACAGUAGUACUAAAUGUUGUUCCUCCGACUUCCUCGCAAUCAGAUAAUUCUGAAGUCCCCAAGAAAGAAAAUAAUAGCAUCAGUGAAGCCAAUGUAUCUAACAUACCACAGAAAAUGCACUCAUCUAGACCUGAAAAUGUUCCAGUUGUCCCAAAGGUAGAGAAAAAUGUAAUUGAGCCAGAUAUACGUUUACCACGAGCUAUGCGAAAGUCAGUAUCACCAAAUGGUGGUGGCCUUCCACUAGGGGACAUGAAUGCUAGUAAGCCAGAUGAACCUGUCAAUAAGGAGUCUGAAGUGAUGAUAGAAGCUAGAACUCCGGUGAAACAAAAAAGAACACUUGAGAAAGAGAACAAUGGACGUUAAUCUUGCGUCCAUUUCUUACUUCUUACCCUCAUAAAAGCAAAGACCAUGACUUAAGACGCAUGCCAUUACCAUAUUCUUAUGGUGUAUCUGUUGAAGAUAGAAGAGGCACGUGGUGCUAUGUCAAUCAUUCGGUUUGUCUUCGGUAGACAAUAUAUUAUUUGGCUUCCUUUUUUGCUUGUAAGACAUGGUUUAUCCAAAGGAUUCUGUGCCGGUCUUAAUCACUUGAUCUCGGCAUAUCCUUGGAGUACUUUGUAUCUAUGAUAGUCAUGUUGAGCUGUUCGGUGGGAAAAAUUGUUUCCCUCAUUAAUCUUUAUCAUUUGCAUGAGUCAAGAGUGGAGUUUAA